AUGGUGGUCUCGAAAGCCCAGUUGGACACCCUAGAACUUCCGCCGCUUCCGGAUACCUCUCGGAACGGCGACAAACAUACUAGUAAGAUACAUAUGGAUGAGUUUUCUAGGCGCAAUCUUAAAACCAUUCUACAUUUAAUAACCGGCGAACUCAAGCUGAGAGGCACUAAAACCCCACAUGUAUUUUUGCCCUUUCGAUCCCGGAUUGACGACCACCAAUUGGAACUUUUUCUACAAGCAUCAUUUCCAGGGGGAACGGUGGCCUCGGAAGAGGUACUUCGUCGAAUAGUGAAGGAGUAUGAUGAAUUCACUCUCAUGUGUGCAAUGAAGUAUCUUUGGAGUCGGUUACCAAAUCACGAGAUAAUAGGCUGGGAUGUGUACCUUGAGUUCAAAAGAAAAGAGGAGGAGCAAGGAUUUCCAAGAACGGCGUUCCUCACAAUUAUGCCCAAGUGUCUUUCUUCACCUUCUCAUGCCUCCAUUGUAUACGAUUUUUUGGAUCUCUUGGUGAGUAUAGCGUCCAACUCCCAAUACAACUACCUCAGUGGCCGAAAAAUAGCCAAGAUGUCUAGUUUGUGGGCGUUUAAUCCAGCCAGAGAACGAAUGAAAUCAGCAUUUUAUGACGCAACCAUAGACCGAGAUCACAGUUUCAUCGAUGGUCUAGAUAGGUGGAAGCAGUCUUCUGGUGCCUUGUUCCAUUUGCUCUUAUCUUUCUUGCGGGCAAUGCUUCCGGAGAAUGAUAUGGAUACAUUGAAACUUCCCAAGACCCUUCAGUCGUUACUUAUCUCCAACUCGUACCCUCCACUUGCAAAUAACGACUCGGUGAAAUCCAUGAUAAAAAUCCCUUGCGUUCUACUCAAGUCCACCAAGCCAUCGGAAAACGUGUACGAGCUAUUAAGCAAGGUCAGACGCACGAUAAAGUUUGACAAGAAAGAUGACUUUAUGUCUGUGGAAAAUUACACGAUUCUCAAAAACAUAUUCAAAAAAGAUUCCACCGCAGACAUAGUAGCAUCUCUCAGUGAAGAGUCUCGACGCAUAAUGGGACGAUUAACUGACAUUCUGGACUCUUCUGACUACGACCUUUAUCCAGGGUGGGCUCCAUUCGGUGGAAAAGUCGAUGAGAACAUUCCACUUUUUACUGAAUUGACAAUCCAAGACGUUACAAUACAAGACUACUAUAUAUGGACGUGGCUAUCGUCUCUUGGAUCGGAUCAGCAUAGUAUAGUGAAGAGGAAUUUUGGUAGAUCAUUGAUCGCCGAAGUCGAGGUCCUCGACCAGCGUAAGUGGAUCGUUGUUUCUGAACAAAUACUCUCUACAGAAGAUUAUUUGAAAAAGUUUGAGACCACUCCCACUGUUCCACCAAAAGAUAGAAUCAUAUCAAAUGGGAGUCACAAAGACAUGCCGCUACCUCCACCUCCACCUCCCCUGAAAGAUGCGGAUGAGCCACUACCAAAGUAUUACUUUGGAGGAGGAAGCGAUGCUGGAACAAUGGAUAAAUCGACAGAUGAUGAUUACAAUUUUCCAGACCAGGUCCAAAGUGAUGAACUUGAUGAAUACAAAAAGUAUUUGGAGUCUCUUAACGAUUCAGACGACGAGAUUCCCACCAAAGACUUUGCGGAAAAAUUGAACCUUAAAACCCAUGUCGAAAAGAAGCUUCCAAAGCAACCAAAGAAACAUAGACAUCGACCACCACCGCCUGGACAGUCCUGUAUCACCGGUAAGAAGCCACGCAGCUCCAGGGGGUGA